GCCCCCGCGUCGCCCCAUAGCCCGGGCCGCACCGCGCGCCGCCCGCAGCGGCCCUGAGCCCCUAUCCCUGCACGCUGCCUGGGAACCGAAGCGCAGAAGCGAGCGCGCCUGGAAGCGAGACCCAGAGAAGGAGCGGGAAGCAGAGCGCAGCCGCUGCCGGGCCCUGCGCGCCCCGGGAGCGCAGCGCGGCCCUGCCCGCGGGCUCCGGGUGUCCGCGGGGCGGCGCCGCGGAACAUGACGGCGCCCUGGGCGGCCCUCGCCCUUCUCUGGGGAUCGCUGUGCGCCGGUUCUGGGCGUGGGGAGGCUGAGACUCGGGAGUGCAUCUACUACAACGCCAACUGGGAGCUAGAGCGCACCAACCAGAGCGGCCUGGAGCGCUGCGAGGGUGAGCAGGACAAACGGCUGCACUGCUACGCCUCCUGGCGCAACAGCUCGGGCACUAUCGAACUCGUGAAGAAGGGCUGCUGGCUGGAUGACUUCAAUUGCUACGACAGGCAGGAGUGUGUGGCCACUGAGGAAAACCCCCAGGUGUACUUCUGCUGCUGUGAAGGCAACUUCUGCAACGAGCGCUUCACCCACUUGCCGGAGCCUGGAGGCCCAGAAGUCACGUACGAGCCACCCCCGACAGCCCCCACCCUGCUCACGGUACUGGCUUACUCGCUGCUGCCCAUUGGGGGCCUCUCCCUCAUUGUCCUGCUGGCCUUCUGGAUGUAUCGGCAUCGCAAGCCUCCCUACGGCCACGUGGAUGUCCAUGAGUCCUUGCUUUCCCAGGACCCCGGACCUCCACCCCCAUCCCCUCUGGUGGGCCUGAAGCCACUGCAGCUGCUGGAGAUCAAGGCUCGGGGUCGCUUUGGCUGCGUUUGGAAGGCUCAGCUCAUGAAUGACUUCGUGGCUGUAAAGAUCUUCCCGCUCCAGGACAAGCAGUCGUGGCAGAGCGAACGGGAGAUCUUCAGCACGCCAGGCAUGAAGCACGAGAACCUGUUGCAGUUCAUUGCUGCCGAGAAGCGAGGCUCCAACCUGGAGGUGGAGCUGUGGCUCAUCACAGCCUUCCACGACAAGGGCUCCCUCACGGAUUACCUCAAGGGGAACAUCAUCACCUGGAACGAACUGUGUCAUGUGGCAGAGACAAUGUCACGAGGCCUCUCGUACCUGCACGAGGAUGUGCCCUGGUGCCGUGGCGAGGGCCACAAGCCUUCUAUUGCCCACAGGGACUUCAAAAGCAAGAAUGUCCUGCUGAAGAGUGACCUCACUGCUGUACUGGCCGACUUUGGCCUGGCUGUUCGGUUUGAGCCGGGGAAGCCUCCAGGGGACACCCAUGGGCAGGUUGGCACAAGACGGUACAUGGCCCCUGAGGUUCUGGAGGGAGCCAUCAACUUCCAGAGAGACGCUUUCCUGCGCAUCGACAUGUACGCUAUGGGGCUGGUGCUGUGGGAGCUGGUUUCUCGUUGCAAGGCUGCAGACGGGCCUGUCGAUGAGUACAUGCUGCCCUUUGAGGAGGAGAUUGGCCAGCACCCUUCACUGGAGGAACUGCAGGAGGUGGUUGUCCACAAGAAGAUGAGGCCCACCAUUAAGGAUCACUGGCUGAAGCAUCCGGGCCUGGCCCAGCUCUGUGUGACCAUUGAGGAGUGCUGGGACCAUGAUGCCGAGGCUCGCCUUUCUGCGGGCUGCGUGGAGGAGCGGGUGUCCCUCAUCAGGAGGUCGGUCAACGGCACUACCUCGGACUGUCUAGUCUCUCUGGUGACCUCCGUCACCAAUGUGGAUCUGCCCCCUAAAGAGUCCAGCAUCUAAGCCUAGGAUACGAGCGUCUCUCCAGACUCAGUGGAUCUGAAGACAAAAGGAAAAAAGUUGUGUUUUGUUUUGGAAAUCCCAUAUAACCAACAAACACAUAAAAU